UAGGUCGUAAUCUUGUGGCGGUUAUUUUCAAUGUGGUAACUUAUGUAUACAAAUUUAAGUUCUAUUUUUUCCCCUAGACGAUGCCAAUUUUUCCUAGCUUGAGCACUACUGUUUCGGAAGAAUUGUCCAUACUACAAUAGUUUAGGCGUACUAGAUAGAGUCACACCCGCUGUUUCUUCCCAUCACUAAUGAAUACGAGAUGCUAAUCACAAGCAUUAAUAAUUUGCAUUUAGCGAGCAUUGUUACCAAUGGAUGGACAAGAUAUCAUGUAUGAAAGUAUAUUUAAAGUAGAAAAGGUUAAAGAAGAACCUGAUGACUUUUUUGAAGAAGCAAACCCCAUAGAGCUGGUGCCGCCUGCCAAAGUUUUUUUGGAGGACACGGUUUUGAAUGAACAGGUUGAGGAAUGUAAGGGCCUACACAAAGCAAGCACCUUGAAGAGUGUGAUUAAGAAGGAAGACUAUGAAGAACAGCUGGAACCACCUGUCACAGUGUUUCUUGAGUCCACAGAGGUCAUAAAAGAAGAGGUUGAGGAGGAACGGGAGAAUUCGUUGGCUACGUGCAUUGAAUGGUGGCCCAUUAAAACUGAAGAGACUGAUGAACGUUCAUACUCUCCUGGUAAGUAGAAAAAAAAUUACGUUAGUGGACACUGCGUGGGAAUCGUGCUUGGGGAAGGAGUUUUUAUUUGCCUAAAAGCACUGUAAAUGCUUGUAACAACAGUGUCUGCCAAGUUUGCGAAGUUCUCUGACUGUUGUUCAGGAAUUAUUUUAAGAGAGAGAGAAAGAGAGGGACAUUUGAUAAGGUUUUAAAAGAAAUUAUUUCU